AGACAAGACACGGAAAGGUACAUCUUUUUUUUUCUUUUUUUUCUUUCUUUCUUUUCUUUCUUUCUUCUUGUGUAUAUUAAUUAUCAUGGCAGGAGGAUCAGAGUUACCCUUUCCAAACAAUGCAAGAACAGACAACACAUCUCUGUUUGGGGGAGCACGCUUUGGUAGAAAGAAGAGAACCAUUUUCAUAUUACUGCUAGUUGUUGUCUUCUUUGUCUUGUGGUUUAACUCUGAUUUAGAGAACGCAAAUGCAUCUUCUGUUGGCAACUAUGUUCCUGAUGAUGCCACAGGUAUUAGUCCUGAUGAACAGAAGACUUCGAGUAGUAAGGAUAUUUUGAAAGAAGAUGAACAACUCGUUCAAGAAGAGGAAGAAGCCUUAGAAGAUACUCCUGUUAUCACAAAACCUGUUGUUACUAAAAAGCCGUCUGCACCUAAGAAACCCUCUGCCCCCAAGAAGCCCUCUGGUUCCAAAUUAAAGCCUAUCACAACGAUCAACAUGAAGCCUCAGCACUUUAAGUACUUUAUUGUGAUCGCCUCAAGAGCCACCAACAUGAGUCGUCGUCAAUUGAUUCGUAACACUUACUUUGGGCAAAAUGAUAAUAUCGAACCUUGCAUGAAGAGAGAUAAAGGCGUGAAUUAUAUGUUUUGGGUCUAUGGUGAUGAACCUACGCCUAAGACUGCUGAGCGUCGUUUAUAUGAAACCGAAAAGAUGGAGUGGAACGAUUUAGAAAAGGUUGAUGCAAGCGCAUAUAGCCAAGAUGCUAUCUUAAAAUGGGUCGAUGCCAAUUUAAAUGCAAGAGGUGUUACUUUUGAUUAUUUGGUGAUUCAAGAUGGCUAUUCACUUUUUCAACUCAACUAUAUCCAACAACAAAUCCAGAAUGAAGUAGGUAAAAUGUGGGAGAUCCAAAAGACUGCAAACGAUAUUGUUUGGGUCUCUCCUGAACAUGAAAACGUGCUUGUGGCUGGCUCAGAUGCUAUUAAAAAACUUUUGGAACACGAAACUCAGUUCAAAGAUGUUGUUGCUGAUGGUGCUACUUUGAUGAGCAACUACUAUGAAUUCUAUCGCUCUGUCAAGGUUCAGCUCAACUUUGUUACUGCUAGAAAAGAAGUUGAUCGUCUUACCAACUUGAUGAAAGAAGCUCCUGUCUUUAUUGAUCAAAAAGAUCGUUUUGUUACUUGGACUAACACUAUUGAAUCUAUUCCUGAUAUGCCAAUUGCUGUUACAAGUGUCUAUCAAGAUAGUGAUUUUGAAUCUGUGGCAAAGACAAUCAAGAUUGGUGUUACUUCCCUCUGUAAACCACUUGAAAAGGCCAGCAUUGCUGUAGUCACCUCAUCAUUCAUUUACGCUGAUAGUUGUAUGGAACCUUCUGCCGCGCUUGCUGCUGACAACAAGCGUGCAUAUGCCAAUGCUCAUAAGUAUGCUUUUGUUGCUCGCUCCAACGAGUUUGCUCAACAAGAAGUCCGCUCCGUGAAACGUAGAACAGUAUGGGGCAAGAUUGAUGCUGUUCAAAAGGUUCUACCUAAAUACGACUGGCUUUUCUGGAUGGACAUGGAUGCUGUCAUCAUGAACCCUCAUAUCACAGUCCAAGGCAUCUUGGAUGACUUGCGUAGAAACUAUCCCGAUGGCCCCCGUGCCUUUGAAGAAAAAAUUGAUUUAGUGAUUGCUAAGCCCACAAGAGAUAAGAUGAUCAAUGCUGGUGUCUUUUUCAUGCGUAACACACCUUGGGCUCAAGAGUUUUUGAAUGCCGUUCAAGAAUCCAAGAACUGGUUCAACCAAGGUCCUUCUUAUGAACAAGGCGCUAUGUGGGAUUUGAUUCAAUUGCCCGGUUACAAAGAACAUGUUCUCUUGCUCGAAAAUGACGAUCAUACUUUCAACACAUUACCCAAGCGUUAUGUUCCCGGUGACUUUAUCGUUCAUUUCGCCCCUGACAAGUGUCCUGGUCCUGCUGUAUUGAACGGUCUUGAAGCUGCUAAAUUGAUUCAACAAGGACAAGUCAUUACUUCUUUUGAAGAGGACUAGACAAUCCCCCUUCUUUAUACAUUUAUACAUACACAACUAUACAUUCGAGUUUUUUUUGUAAUUAAUUUAUCCAUCAUGAAUAAAAAGAGAAAUUUUCAUUCUUAUGUGGC